CCUCGGAUCUGUUUGACAACCAACUGGGCGACAUCAAUUACUGCAAAAAGCAAUGUCAGCUCUCCAUCAAAAACAAAAGCCCAGCUAAAGACUCCAUAAUGAAUGCCUGUCAUCGCGGCUGUCGCCUUUAUUCCAUCUGCCAGUUUGUCAAUGGCAACGCCGGCUUCAAUACCAGCAGGGAGGAGUGUCAGGGAGACAGCAGAUGCCACACUGCCUCCUGUUUCAAUAAUGGCAACAUGGAUUGAAUCAUCUCUCCAGGGGCCAACAGAUACAACAUCUACCUUGCAGCUUUAUCUUUCAUCCCACAUAAACAGCCUGUGUCAGUUUUAUUUCUGCUUCUCUAUGACCUUUCUAGUACUCCACAACUCUGUCCACUCUCUUCUUUCUCUUGCCCUUCUCCCAUCUGCAAUCUCAACUCUUUUUUGUUCUUUGCCUUUUUACCAUGCUUCACAACUGUCCCCCUCCCUCUCUCCAGCCUGCCAGGAGGCAUAUAUAAAGCUGCUGGAGCAGGAGGCCUGCAGCACUGGCUGUGCCAGCCAACCCUCUGAACCUGAGAUUAAGAGGAGGAAGCUGAAGGCCAUGACUCUCCGCCCAAAGCCUCCCUCUGUGAUGGAGGCUGUGUCCAGUUGGUGCAAUGACAUUGUCAGCUCUGCUCAGAGCUUCAUCUCCUCUACCUGGACCUUCUACUUGCAGGCCGAUGAUGGCAAGGUUGUGGUUUUCCAGAGCCAACCAGAGCUGGAAUACUCUCUGCCUGAGCUGCAGGCUUCUCGAUCCAAUGUGGUGGACAAACCCUGGCCUCAGGUCCACUCUCACACCCAGAGACCUCAUGGUGUGAGGGGGCAUGGAGAGAAAGGUGUACCCAAAGCAGGAGGCAAGGGGAAGCACCCUGUCCAGCACACAGAUGACCCCACAGCUGAGCACGACUUCCUGGGCUGCAUGUCGAGACGUUCAGGCCUUCCACGGUGGAUUUUAGCAGCCUGUCUCUUCCUGUCCAUCAUGGUCAUGUUGUGGCUCAGCUGCGCCAGCCUCGUCACAGCACCGGAGCAGCACGUCAAAACACAGCUAAGUAUAAAUGGAGAUAAAGACUUUCUGGACAAUGCCCACAAGGUCAACCCGUACCACUUGAGUCCUGUGAUCGCUGUCCCUGUGAAACAAUCAGAGGAGAGCCAGGAGGCAGGGCCACUGCCGGUGAAACUUGACCUCAACAAAACAUGUAUUUAGAGAGCUGCAGUCCUGUUUCCCAGGGUAACCAUCGCUCAAAUCUGUGGGCCAUCAACUGAUUUCUUUAAACAUAUUUUUAAGAGCAUGGCACUCUCAUCUUUUGAAACCAUCUUACUGAAACAUCUAGCUCGUUUUUCAGUUAGACAUACACCUCAUUUCCUUGUACAAUCCAAAUAUCUUAAAGUCUAUCCUCAGAUUCUCCUUCAUGAUUGGCCUGCUAUUUGCUUAUUGAUUAGACUUGUUUUAGAGCCACACUAGAGAUAAGCAGAGGAUGGAUUACAGCUGAGAACUUUCAUGUCAUUUUUCAUGUUUAGUGUGAACAAGAGAGAAGAGAAUCACUGAGAUCCAUUUUACUGUAGAUUCAAUUUUCCUCAUUCUCUCUCAGAGGGUUUGAUUUAUGAAUGACUUAUUAAAAAACAUUAAAAGUGUGAGAGAGGGGGUAAGAACAUGGAUGAAAGUUGAGCAAAUACUUGAAAAAAACAUGUUGUAAUACAUUUACUAUACAUAAUCAGCAUUAAAAGGUGUUCAGUAGCAAGGUGACAAAAUUUAGUAACAUCAGAUAUGGUUAUCAAAGUUUUCCCUCCUCACUGUCAGAAAUUCUCAGCAGAGCUAAAUAUUCUCACUGAGUUCAGAGAAACAAAGGAAUAUUGACUCAAAAAAACUAAAAUUGUGUCUCCUCCUUGGUGAGUUUGGGUGUAUCUGCAGCAGCACACUUUCAUUUAUGAGCAACAACUCUAGUGCUAAAACUGAAACUGCCUUCAAACUGGAUGAGCAGAUAUCAAACCUUUAUUUAUUUUCUUCUGUAUUUACUCAGUCAUUGACAUCUGUUAAGUAGUGUUAUUGAAGUGCCAUAUACAGUUAAUUCAUCAUACAAAUGUAACUGAUCUGUUUGUAAAAUACACUGUAUCACAGAUGGGAAAGAGACAUGUAGAGAAGGAAGACUGCACCUAUUGCUAUAUUAUUAUUAUCAUAUAAUUGCUCUUAUAUCACUUAAAGAGUUCUUAGCUGUUAUAUGUGCCAUGUGCUUUCUAAUAGCUGACUAUUUUGUAUGUCCAAGGAGCACAUACUGAAGGACAACUUCUGUAACAAUGUGUAAUGCAAAGCUUUUAACAUAGACUUUUGUUAUUGAACCGAGUUGCACAGUCCUAGAGAAAAGUUUCUGUUUCCUCCCAGUGCUUCUGAUGUCCUGUAACGCUCUCUUUUAAUCGAGGCUGUGUAGACAAUAAACCGUGCAUGCAAGUGCUGUUUUGAUAGUUUAUCUUAACCUCCCGCCAUCCCAAUAUGGCACCACUCUACUGUAGACCUAUGCUUUUUGUGUUCAUAUUUACUGUGAUUGAAUAGAAGGUGUAAUGAUGAAUGAUGCUGUGUUUAUGAUUUACAGGAAGGACUCUUGAUUAAAAAGCCAUUCGAUCAAUAUGUGUGCUGGUUCAAACCACAAGUGGUAUGAUAUGCAUUUGAAUCUGUAUUGUUCCCUUUUUACUGGUCUGUUUAUUUUAAAUGAAAUGAUACAACAUGAUAAAUAAAGUGUUUUCAUUGUAAAUA